GGGCCGGGGCGGGGGCCGGGGCGGCCAUGGCCAGUACAAUGGUGGCGGUUGGCCUGACCAUAGCGGCAGCUGGAUUUGCAGGUCGCUAUGCACUAAAAGCUAUGAAGCAAAUGGAGCCACAAGUAAAACAAGCACUUCAGAAUCUACCAAAACCUGCCUUCAGUGGUUAUUACAGAGGUGGAUUUGAACCCAAAAUGACUAAACGAGAAGCAGCUUUAAUACUAGGAGUGAGCCCUACAGCCAACAGAAGUAAAAUUAGAGAAGCUCAUAGACGGAUCAUGCUCCUGAAUCAUCCAGAUAAAGGUGGCUCUCCAUAUGUAGCAGCCAAAAUCAAUGAAGCUAAAGAUUUACUGGAAGACCAAGCUAAAAAAUGAAUGAGAAAGAAAAUCAGAGGGUUUGUCCAUGCAAAUAAUUAUUUUUGAUAAACAGCUUAAGAAAAGUUAUAAUGUCAGUCUUUGACUUAAUAUAAAUGAAGCUGGAAAUACGAAUCCAGGGAGGUACUUCCCUCCCCACUCACUUCUCAGACACUUUUUGGGGAAAUGCAUGAGCGAGCGAGGCUUAAAGUUUUUUUUAUAGCUGUUUGUUAUUAAGCAGCAAAAUCUGCCACUCAGAAAUAUUUUCAGUGUAAGAGAGUAAUAACUUGGUUUGGCCAGUGCAUGUUACCAGAUACAGGUAGACUUACAUGCUGUUACCUGAUUUUUGUUAAACUAGCUAUGUUUAAAGUUCAUGCUGCUGUUCUUUCAUAUGCCAAAGUUAGCAUGAUGAACGGGUUUGGGGAGGGGGUGGAAAAGAUCAAGAGGAUUUAUUUGACGGGAAGAAUUGGGACAGAUGUGUGGUUGUCUCUGAAGAAAUAAAGUACCGGAAAAAAUGUACUCGAUCAUCUUUGCCUUGUGAAAAACGAGGUUGGUUGAGGUGCUUAAGUGCUACUGAUGAGUCUGCAAUGUCCCAGCUCUUUUGGUAGCUUUCAGUUUUUAAUGGAUUUUAUAGCAUUUAAUAAAUUCCAAACUUCUAAUGUAA